AAAGUCCAAAGCCGCACGGAUCCGUCUUCGGUCUGCAAGCUCACCACUCCAAACGCCGCCUCCGCCAUGGCGCCGCGCCGCCCUCGCCCGCUCCUCCCCCUCCUCCUCCUCCUCGCCGCCGUGCUCUCCCUUUCCCUCUCGCUCGCCGCCGCCGCCUUCCAGUCCGACGAGCUCCUCCUCCACGACGACGACGAGUUUGAGGGCGCGGGCGCCCGCCCCGUUACCCCCACCCCCACGCCCACGACCACCGCGUCGGUCUCCUCCCCGCGCCGCCGGCCCGGGGACGCGGCGGCGUCCGGGCACGCCGAGUCCACCGCCGUGCAGUUCGCCCUCGAGCACGACCUCGGCGCCGGGUUCGUCCCCGCGGGGUCCUUCUCCGCCCGCCUCAAGUCCUCCGCGCACGGAUCCCAGACUCUCACUAAACUUCGGUUCACAAGAAACGAGUUGACUGGUGAUGAAAAGGAAGCAUUUAAAAAAUUGCUGAAUGAAGAUGGUUUUUAUUCAAUUAGGCUGUUGUCUAAUGUGUUGGACCCUUCAAGAAAGGACUAUGUUGUUUCCUCAAUCAAAGCUAGGUGCAUUCCACGUGAAAGUUUGGAUGAACAUAUUGUUAUCCACAUGGAUGGUGUAAAUAUUUUAGCAGUUAAUUAUGGUUCUGUUGGUGGGUGCCAAUACCCUCGUCCGGUGAAAAUGCCAUCAAAGUGGAUAUUCAAUUCAUACACUGUUCUGAAGACUUCUGAACAAGCACCAAGAACUCCAUCAUUUGUAGAUCAGUUACUAGAAGCCGAAAAUGGUCUCGGUGAAGUGGUGAAACCCCCUGAGAAGUCUUUCUGGGCUAAAUAUUGGAUGUACAUCAUUCCUCUUGGUCUCAUUGUAAUGAAUGCGGUCACGGCAGCAGCAAACAUGCCGGAGGAGCAAGCUGGAGGGCAGGGCCAACCUGGAGCACAGAGGGCACCGAAUGCUGCUCCAAGGAGGAGAUGAUAGCUGCACUGCCUAUUUGGUUUCUAUCAAGCUUGUAUUACUAUAUACAGUUAUAUCAUAGCAGUACUUGGUAUAUGCUUAGAUCCAAGAGCGAUUUGCUGGCUGGUUUUACUGUUCGCCAUAACUGUUAGCAUCCAGUUUACAGAGCACGUCGCAAUGCACAAUGCAAAAGCUCUUGUCAGCUGUGCAUUGUAGCUUUCACAGUUCCUGAGAAUUUAGUGAAUUCUUAGCUUUCAGUUCCCAGUAACUUAUUCUUGUUCUCUAUUUCUCCAUACUUGUGUUUUACCGGAAAUUUAUUGUCUGAUUUCAUACUCGUGAUCAUGCUACAAAUCUUUAACUAGUAACGGAAAUAUACAAUUUUCCAGUGAAG